CGUGGUUUUUUCUUUUCGACGGCGACUCGAACUUGUUGGGGGCUGUUUAUGUGAUAUGGUUUGAAGGGGAGGGCUAGUGGAACGUGGCCUGCUGUGUGUGCAUGGAGGCGCCUUCAUAGUCUCCGCUGGCGCUGGGCGGGUGGCUUUUCCUCAGGCAGAGAGUUAUUUAUUUCUCUGAGAUCCUGCUCAAAGGGAAAGGGUCCGGCUUGCUUUGUGCGUUGCUGGCGCUUGAGGCGGCCGUAGCACAUGCCCCUGUGCGCCAAGUUCAGUGUGUGACUGGCGGGAGGAGGAAAAGCACCUUGUCGGAGAAGGGCGCUAAAGGGAAUCGUUCUCUCGCCCGCUUGCUAACCCCGCGCUUGAUUUUUGCAGGAAAGAAUGGAACUAUUGGGGCGAGAAUGUGAAAGUGCCGACCGGAGAAAGCAAACGCAUUCACGAUCCUCAGAGCCACUUAAAUUGUUGAGAUUAUUCAUUAAGAAUGGAAGUCGUUUCCCACCCUGAAGAUCAUGGAGCUAAAGUAGUAAGAUAUGACAAUAACUACUCAUUUUGUAUCAUCUGUCAGAGAGAGAGAAAUGGGGCAUUGGUGAUGAAGCCUGUUGCUAUAUCCUAUGAAAAAUUACUAAGCUUUAUCAGGGAGCGUGCUCACUAUGGAGACAAACGUUUUCCUGAGAUUAGUAGGCGUCUCGGUGAUGUCACAUGUCAAGACCUUCAAGCAAAAGGAUGUUUGUGGUAUAGAAAAUGUUAUCAAGAGACUGUUCAUACCAAAAUGCUCAAACGUGCCAAAGAACGAUAUGAAGAAAAGAUAAAAUUGAAUACUGAGGAAGACCCAAUACUGUCAAGCAGUACCUUCACUUGCUCUGUAUUACCUUACAAAAGCGAAUUUUGUUUCUUUUGUGAGAAUGGACCAGGUCACAAGAACCCUUUGCAUUCAUUUUCUACAGAAAAUGCUAGUCAGUCACUUAGAGAUGCUGUUGAAAGAAGUGGGAAUGAGAAACUGCUUGUCAAGCUUUGUACAUCCAUUGAUCCUCAAGAUGCACAUGCUAUUGACAUUAAAUACCACAAACGGUGCCGGGCAACACAUGUAGCAAAUGUCAAUCGCUCACCUCUCAACCCACAAAAACCAAGCAAGGUGAAUGAGGUGCCAGCCGAAAUUGAAUUCCUUAGUCUGCUUGAGGAUACAUUGUUGGAGGGAAAUACAGUCACCAUGGCUCAUCUUCAAGAGGCAUACACAGGAAUCCUUAUGGCAAAUAAUGUGGACAGCAAUCCCAGUCGCAAAAAAAUAAAGCAACUUGUAUAGCAUGAUAUACCAAAUGUAGAAUUCCAUAAACCAAAAUGAGUGAAUGAAUCAGAAUGUUUCUAUCCAAAUUUUAAGAGAUGCUACAAUUCAGUUAGCAGAAGAGAGCAACACUGAAGGAAGUGACGACAUGAAAAUACUCGAUGCUGCUGCUAAGAUUCUACGAUAAAUUAUUACCAAAGCAGAGAGAUGGGAAUUUACUGGUUCGCUUAUAGAAAUUCAAGAUAGGGAUGUUCCAGGUGAAUUGUAUAGCUUCUUCUGUUGGGUUCUCAGGGGACCAAGCACAAGCCUAUCCACAGGGAAAAAAGACUGGGAAGUCAGCCAGCAUGCCAUGAGUUUAGCUCAGACUACAGUGUCUUUGUUUCUGUCCCAGGACCAAGUCCAAAACAAGAUAUCACAGACACUAAGGACCACCCAUGAAAUGAUGGAGAAUGAGGAUCCAGAGGAUGAGGAGCUAGAGGAAGAAGAUGAUGAGGGUCUCUGGGAAGAAGCAAAUUAAUACACAUAAUAAUGUGAUGCCCCAAAGUGCAAAAACUUUUUUAAUGGACAUAUUUCAUAUGCUGUAAUAUUGGGUGUAAGGUAGUUCAUUUUUGUCAACCAUAUACAAAACUGGUAGUAAAAGUCACUUUUGCAAAAUGUU